CUUAUUGUGAAAGGCUGCGGCUUCCGGUCGGUGGCUGGCUGGCGCUGAUGCGCAUUGAGACGCCGUCAGACUAAUCCUGGAUGCUGGAGGACUAAAGCCCAGCGGGAGCUGCUCCGCAUUGUGAACCAGCGGGUUCGUCUUCUGGUUCCUACUCCUGAUGCCACGCUCCUCGAAGAACGUCCCCUCAGGUUCCGUCCAGACGGAGCCGGGCAGGUGCAGAUCAGGGCCCGCGGUUCUAUCGCAACAGGUCGAGGAACAGCGGGAGUAAAGGCGAUAAUAGAGCAUCUGAUGAGAAUAGAGACGGAAGAGGGCGAGGAUGGUUUAACGGGUUCGGCUGCAGCCUGGACGCGACCAUCUGCCAUCAUGAUGCCGAUGUUCCUCACUGUGUACCUCAGCAGCAGCAGCAGCAGCAGCAGCAGCAGCCAGGACGUCAGCGAGGUCCCCAUCACUCCGGAGACGCUGUGCAGAGACGUGGUGGAGCUGUGCAAGGAGCCCGGCGAGGCGGACUGCUACCUGGCCGAGCUGUGGAGAGGCUCAGCAGAGCGAGUCAUUGGCGAAGGCGAGCGGAUGAUGGAGCUGCUGCAGCAGUGGGGGCAGCAGAGGGCGGAGGUUCGCUACCUCCUGCACCAUCAGAGAGCUGAUCCGCCGGUGAAGGUGUCGGUGGAGACUCGUCUGAACGGGGUGUCGGCUCCUGGUGUGGACAUGACGCUGACGGAGCUGCAGGAGCUGGCGACGCGGCAGCAGCAGCAGAUCAGCGCCCAGCAGCACCUGCUGGCCUCCAAGGAGCAGCAGCUGCGCUUCCUGAAGCUGCAGGAGCAGCGGCAGCAGCAGCAGGAGGCGUCGGAGCAGGAGCAGCUCCGGCAGCUCAGAGAGAACGCACACAACCAGGAGGCAAAGCUGCGGCGGGUCCGGGCCCUCAGGGGCCAAGUGGAGCACAAGCGCCUCAGCAACAGCAAACUGGUGGAGGAGAUCGAGCAGAUCAGCAGCCUGUUCCAGCAGAAGCAGCGGCAGCUGCUGGCGGCCGUGGCCAGAGUGGAUGAGCUGAGCGAGCAGCUGGAGGCGCUGAAGAGCAGCCGGCCGGGCCCGCCCCAUCACGGCUCGGCGCCGGUGUCCGCGGCCGACCUGGAGCAUCUUUAUAAGGACCUGCAGCUAAGGAACAAGCUGAACCAGGACCAGAGCUCGCGGCUGCAGCUGCAGAGAGACAGUCUGAACAAGCGGAACCUGGAGGUGGCCGCGAUGGACCGACGUCUGGCCGAGCUGCGACAGCGGCUCUGGAAGAAGAAGGCCGCCCUGCAGCAGAAGGAGAGCCUGCCGGUGAACCCAGACUGCGCCGCCACACAGGUGGCAGCGGGCUCCAGAGUGGCAGCAGUGGGGCCCUACAUUCAGUCCUCCUCCACAACGGGCCCGGUGAGACCUCAGGGUCCGGUCCAUCCGGAGGUUCUGGUGAAGCAGGCGUACCCGGACGGCACCGCCACCCUCCCCAUGCCCAGCUCCUCCCUGAAGAUACCUCCCAGACCUGUCAAACCAGCCUCAGCUUUUAACACCUCCAAAGUAACCAAAUUGGAGUGGAGCAGCUCUGAGUCCAGUGGCCACGCCUCCACCCUGCCUCGCAUGACCAAGCUCAACAGCCGCAGCUCAGGUGGUGAGAACCCAAUGGACCAUAAAAGCACAGAGGACCCACUCAGAGUGACGGCUCCUCCCGUUCCCUCGAAGCCCAAAGCGUUCCCACCGUCGGCUGCUGCAGCCUUCUCCAAGCCCCCGUACAGCACGGGGACCUUCCCCAGCAAGGCCCGGCCCAUCGGGGGCGGGGGCGGGGGCGGGGGCCACCUCCGGGCUCAUAGCAACACCCUGCCUCUGCCCAGCAGGCAGGAGAGUCCUCCAGCGGCGGCGGUGCGGCCGUACACGCCCGACCCGUGCGAUGGGCCUCCGGCGCUGCAGAAGCCGCAGACGGUGGCGGCCUCGUCCAUCUACUCCAUGUACACCCAGCAGGCCACGCCGGGCGGCCAGGGCACGCUGCCCCGCGGCCAGCCCAGAGUUUACGGUAAACCCGUCCUCCCAGCCUGCGGGACCCAGUCUGCCGGCGCCGAAGCGGCCUUGAGCGAUGCCGACAGCGGUUGCCCAGGAAACAGUGAAGGUGCAGAACGCGCCACCCCUCGACCGCUCAGCCCCACCAAGCUCCUCCCCUUCCUGUCCAACCCCCACCGCAGCCCCAGCGACGCCGACCUGGAGGCCCUGCGCCGCCGGCUGCACCACGCCCCCAGGCCCCUGAAGAAACGCAGCUCCAUCACGGAGCCCGAGGGCCCGGCGGGUCCCAACAUCCAGAAGCUGCUCUACCAGAAGACCACGCUGGCUGCCAUGGAAACCAUCCCCAUGGAGACGGCGGGGGCAGCUUUGAGCAGUGCAGAGGCGACGUUGCAGCCCGGUGACGGCAUUGGACCAGGCCCAGAUGACCCGACUCCACCUCCCCUGCCCCCACGCUCACCCAUCACCGCCCCCGGCCCCUGCCCCUCCCUGCCCCCCCCCCUGGAGGACGUGGAGGUGAGCCAAUCUGCCUUUCCAGAGGAGUUCCCCCCUUACCCACCUCCACCGUACCCCAGCUGUGGAGAGGUGGUGCAGCAAGAGGAGGCGCCGGAGGUCACGGGACAGGUCACGGCGCCACCAGCUAAGAGGUCGAUUCUCCGUAAAGCCGGCGCAGAGCGCAGCAACCAGCGCCUGCGGGUGAAGUUCAACCCUCUGGCUCUGCUGCUGGACGCGUCUCUGGAGGGCGAGUACGACCUGGUGCAGAGGGUCAUCUAUGAUGUGGACGACCCCAGUCUGCCCAACGACGAGGGCAUCACGGCGCUGCACAACGCCGUCUGUGCCGGUCACACGGAAAUCGUCAAGUUUCUGGUUCAGUUUGGCGUCAAUGUCAACGCUGCCGACAGCGACGGCUGGACCCCGCUCCACUGCGCCGCCUCCUGUAACAACGUGCAGGUGUGUAAGUUCCUGGUGGAGUCGGGGGCGGCCGUGUUCGCCACCACCCACAGCGACAUGCAGACGGCCGCUGACAAAUGUGAGGAGAUGGAGGACGGCUACGCCCAGUGCUCCCAGUUCCUCUAUGGCGUCCAGGAGAAGAUGGGCGUGAUGAACCGCGGCGUGGUGUUCGCCCUGUGGGACCACGAGCCUCAGCGCGACGACGAGCUGGGCUUCAGCGAGGGCGACUGCGUGACGGUGCUGCGACGGGACGACGCUGUGGAGACGGAGUGGUGGUGGGCGAGAUGCGGCGACCGGGAGGGGUUCAUCCCCCGCAACCUGCUGGGGCUCUAUCUGAGGAUCAGGCCGCGGCAGAGGAGCCUGGCUUAGCGAUGAACCUCGGCACAAUGAAUGUGACCAGAACCUGAUCUCGCUCCAACAGACCACAUUAAUGUAUUAACUGAUGUUCAGCCCUGUUCAUCAAGAAAAGUCAGCAAAUUUUCAGUCUUAUUUUUUCUUUUCUAAAAUUUAAUUCCAUUGAAUCCUGACGUUCAGAUAAAGACAGAAAUAGGACCCACUGGAUUCAGCAAAGUCCUAACUUCCUCCUAAUAAGCAGUAGGGCAUUUUAAUAUGAGGCAUCAAACCGGAGGCUCCGCUCGUAAUCCUUUGUGUAUGUUGUGAGAACAAGAUAAAAGUUGGUGUUUCUGGAUGGAUCACAUCAGAACAAGACGUUUUUGGCGCCUCCACAGAGUAAACAUGCAGCCGUUUAACGUCCUUUUUCACCAGACACUAAUUUUACCCACAUUUAUUCUCAGCUCUUUAUUUUAUAAGCUUAAAGUUCUUUGUCUCGUAUUUUAUGAAGGUUUCUGUUAUUAUUCAUGUUUGUUGUAUGUGUUAACUAGGCGUCUUAGCUGUGAGCAAACAGAUGAAACUGACUGAUUUCAGAAUAAAGUAAAAGUCACGGACACCUUCCUUCAUUGUUCCACAGA